GCCCUCUGCGCAGCCGCCCUGGGCUGGCGUCCCGAGAUAGCCGCUUCCAAACCGGGCCUGCGCGCCGACGUUCCGCUGCGCCCCGCGCAAAACCGGAAGUACCCGGUCCCAAGGCUGAGGGACCCGGUGGAGCGGAAGUCACUCCCUGAGGCAGUGGCGACAGCGGCGGCGAGAGGAUGAACAACAAGUUCGACGCUUUGAAAGAUGAUGACAGUGGGGACCAUGAUCAGAAUGAAGAAAACAGCACACAGAAAGAUGGUGAGAAGGAAAAAACGGAACGAGACAAGAAUCAGAGCAGUAGCAAGAGAAAGGCUGUUGUCCCUGGACCGGCAGAGCAUCCCCUGCAGUACAACUACACUUUUUGGUACUCCAGGAGAACCCCCGGCCGUCCCACGAGCUCACAGAGCUAUGAACAGAAUAUCAAACAGAUUGGCACCUUUGCCUCUGUGGAGCAGUUCUGGAGGUUUUAUAGCCACAUGGUACGUCCUGGGGACCUGACAGGCCACAGUGACUUCCAUCUCUUCAAAGAAGGAAUUAAACCCAUGUGGGAGGAUGAUGCAAAUAAAAAUGGUGGCAAGUGGAUUAUUCGGCUGCGGAAGGGCUUGGCCUCCCGUUGCUGGGAGAAUCUCAUUUUGGCCAUGCUGGGGGAGCAGUUCAUGGUUGGGGAGGAGAUCUGUGGGGCUGUGGUGUCUGUCCGCUUUCAGGAGGACAUUAUUUCAAUAUGGAAUAAGACUGCCAGUGACCAAGCAACCACAGCCCGAAUCCGGGACACACUUCGGCGAGUGCUUAACCUACCUCCCAACACCAUUAUGGAAUACAAAACUCACACCGACAGCAUCAAGGCCUGGGAGGAGUUUCAUGGCCUGGUGAACAGCAGCGGCCGCUGAUCGGACGCUCCCCCUCUGUCUCUCACACUCAGGGGACAAUUCAAGCUUUCGAAAUACAAAAAUCACAUUGUGAGAGUACACAAGCUGGCAAUAAUCCUUUUCUGUAUGUGUGUGUUUGUCCGAAAUGGAUGGGAGGCCUCCAGCCAGUCCUUCCAUUGCUCACUGAAGGGACGUCCCUGAGCCGUGCGCUCUCCUUUUGCACUCAUUCCUGGAGGACGGAUUCCGCUAGACACCCUCCAGCAUCGCUGACUUUAUAAAGCGGAAAAACGGAAAACGUGACUUUGUAAUAGACAAACAUUGUUUUUUAAUGGGGUUCCAUGGGGGGGCAUUCAGCCUUUCUGUUUGCUGUGUGCUGUCCAGAUGCCUCUUGGGCGUCCUGUUGUUCUCUUCCCGUGUUGUACGAAGGGUGCCGUGGCCACGUGUACAUGCCAGAGCUGUUGAUGAGAGUUACCAGUAUUAUAAAUGUCUGUGCAUCCAGGAAAAGUGUUCUGUUGGAGAGUCCCAGAAUAGCUGUAAAUGCUCUCUUCUAGCUCUGCCAUUAAAUUAUUGGGACAUUUUGUUUCUUUCUCUCCCCUCCUCCAAGCCCACCACUUUCUGAAGCUGUGUUACUGAUGUGAUGACUGUCCAGGAUUUUGUAUCAUCCCCUGCCUUAUGCCCUCCAGUCUCCUCUCCUGUGGGACUCUCUCCUUCUUAGGCAUAGCUGCACUUAGAAUUGUAAUCCAGUGGCUCUUACUGGUUUCACUGAGGCAGCUUAGAGGGAAUGCCUUAGUAAACUGAACUGGAGCAGAAUCUAGUUCGAUUAGGAGCUAGAUUAUAAUCUAGGUUCCAAGUACAGAAUUUGGAGCUAAGGACGGUGACUGAAAUCAUUUUCCCAUAUGAGCAGACCCUGUGUGUCAGGCCUGUUUCCCAUAUGAGCAGAGCCUGUGUGCAAGUCUGUUUCUGGCAUGUCCCUCAUUGAGGAAGGGAAGCAAAAGCUGGUUAUUGCCAGGCCUAUUAACACUUAAUAUGCAAAUUCUAUCAUCCUGAAACUGGGGCAUCUGAGGAAAAGGUGACCUUGCUGGAUGGCUUUAUUUGCAUGGCUCUGCCUGUCUGCAGUGGUUGAGUCCUCAUCACCUGGUAUGUGUAUGAGCAAAUGUGUGCUGAUCGUGAUGCCCAGGCAGAAACCUCUUGAAGACUGCUGCAGGCAUGCUUUAAAAAUGACCACUCACUCAUCAGAGAAGCUGGGUGAUCUGACUCCAGAAGGACUGAAGUCAGAGAAGUCAAAAGAGCACCUAGGAUUCAAAUAAAUAGAGUCAGAGUCCUAUAGCAACCUCCAAGUAGCACCGUCUUACUUGGCUCUUGUGAGCAAAGACUGCAGUACCUUAAAUUAAGGCCUCUCUUUAAAACAUAUCCUUGAAGACUAGGGGAUCCUUGGCCACCUGGUCUCAGAGAAAUCAUAUGAGAGUAACAGGCAUUUCCUUAUUGUAUUUGUAUUACACUCUUCCUACUUUUCCAUUCCUGAACACCCUCUAAUUACCACUGUUUUGGGGAUACUUUUUUUCUGAAAGAAUGGGGAGUACAGGGGCCAAAAGGGAGGUGCUUCUAUUACAGGUCAAGAUAGAUCAGAUAAGAAGAUCUAGCAGUGAUUUAAACUCCAGGAAUAUGAAGAGUGCAUUCUGGUGUCCAGACAGUUGUGAAGGGCUUGGCAAAUAUAAGAGCACCAUUGGCUACAUGGAGAGCAAAUGCUGUCUUUGAAGACCCCAGGGAGGUCUUCACUUUUGCCUAAAUUCAGAUUUGCCAUGAAAAUUCCAAAGAGAGCAGAUAUUUGGAUUUGCCCUCCUUUGGGCAUCUACCUGACUGUUGUGUGUGUGGGAAAGUCAGUGUGUAUGUGUACAGUGUGCUUAGGAGUGAGUGAGUGGUCAGGCCUCCUGGCUAGGUGUGUUGUCCAUAGUUUUGUUGUUGUUGUUGUUGUUCAGAGUUUUGAAUCUUAUGUUUUCUAGAGCUGCUCAUGUUUUCCCUUCCUCUUUGUCAUGUAGUAUUUGACAGUUGUCUUUUCCAUCAAAAACAUACUGGCCCUAGGCUGGUUAGAGCAAGGGGUUAUGCCUGUUAGGCAGCAUCUUAUGCCCAGUGUUCUCCCAGAUAUUCUGCCUAACAGGUUUAAGUAGGAGAUUAAAUAGUCAGUUUAUCUAAACCCUCUAUUUUUCCAAACUAGCUUGAGAGGUCUUUUCAUCUAUUUUUACUCCAUGGGCCUCUGAUAUGCUGAGAUGUGACACGGUUAUGAUUAUGGUAUCACCUGUUACAGAGACAAAGGGAUAAAGGUCUACCAGGGCCAACGUAACGAGAAUGUGAGGAGAGUGAAGAGUCGGUCUCCGCUUUGCACAGUACCAGAAUGUGAGGUUGCCACUGGAGAGUGGAGAGUCGGUCUCCACUUUGCACAGUUGGAGCUGUUCUCCUCUAACUCCUUUGCUGGGUUUUCUGUUUGAAAUUGGCCCCUACUCCUCUCCAGCCCUUUGCUGGGUUUUCUGUUUGAAAUUGGCCCCUACUCCUCUCCAGUGUCUGCUUUUUGAAUCCUUCUGUUCGUGUGUGUGUGUGUGUUCCCUGUGAUACUGGCAGUGGCAAUAAUUUCCCACCCAGAGAGAAGCUUGUGGUCCACAAUGCUCGAAGAAUGAAUUUCCAAGUAUUUGCCAGUGGAAACGGAGCAGAGGCUAUGACAAGAGUGAUUUAGUGUUGCACUUUCAGAGCAAUUAUCUACUGCAGUAAUAAAUGGAAAAUAUCAGCAAGAA